GAAGAAAAAACAGAAAUGGCCAUAGAUUCAAAUUUCGAUACCAAACUCUGUAAGAAUGUCAAUUUUGACUCCAUCCUCUGCCCAUGGUACUUAGAUGUUAGGUCUCGAGGUCGAGUAAGGUGUCAAAGGUCAGAUAUUUGCAAGGUCUAUUGCAACCUCGUAUUCGAUGUCUUUGCAUUGGUCUCAGUUGUCAGUGGCCUGAUCAUUCCGCGAGUAAAGUGGACGAAAGAAAUAUUUCAAUACAGAGUUCUCCCGAUUUAUGCAAAGCUUGGACAGCUGGAUGCUAGUCUGACUGGAAACAUGGAUUCAAGUGAAAUGUCAAUUGUGCCAAAGAUAAAUCAUUUGUUGGAGCUGGACCCUUAUCUCUGCCCUUUUAAGGGAGAAAUAGAGAGGAGAUAUUCUGUGAUGAACUCAUUUCUUGCUGGAAUCAAUAAGCACGAGGGUGGAAUGGAAAACUUCACAAAGUCGUACCAAAGAUAUGGUCUAAGAAGAGCAGAAAAUGGAAUUUUAUGCAGAGAAUGGUGCCCUGGUGCAACUGCUGUUUUCAUUACUGGAGAAUUCAAUGAGUGGAAUAGAACUUCUCAUCCUCUCACAAAGCGAGAGUUUGGUGUGUGGGAAUUAUUUCUGCCAGACAAGGAAUUUGGUACAGAACCAGUCAAGCAUGGGUCAAUGUACAAGUUAAUAAUAAAAGACAAAAAAGGCACCGAACUUGAAAAAAUAUCUCCAUGGGCAACAUAUGUGGUGCAAAACAAGGAGACUAAAUUGAUGGAGCCAGUAUAUUGGAACCCUGUGCAAAAACACACUUGGCAAUAUUCAAGACCAGGGAAGGUAGACAAUUUACGAAUCUAUGAAACACAUGUUGGAAUCUCCUCAGAAGAUUAUGCAGUAGCCUCCUAUACACAUUUUAAAGAAAAGGUCAUACCUCAUAUUCUGUAUCUUGGUUACAACUGUGUUCAAAUAAUGGCUAUAAUGGAACAUGCUUAUUAUGCCUCGUUUGGAUAUCAAGUAACAAGUUUCUUUGCACCUUCAAGCCGUUUCGGAACACCGGAAGAGUUUAAAGAGCUCGUUGACGAAUGUCACAAACAUGGCAUUGUUGUCUUGCUAGACAUCGUGCACAGCCAUGCAUGCAAGAACGUUUUGGAUGGACUUAAUCAGUUUGAUGGCACAGAUGCAGGUUUCUUUCACAGUGGGCCUCGAGGAUACCAUCCUCUUUGGGACAGCAGACUGUUCGACUAUAGCAGCCACGAGGUGCUGCGUUUUCUGCUUUCAAAUUUGAGAUACUAUAUGGACGAGUACAUGCUAGAUGGCUUCAGAUUUGACGGCGUUACGUCAAUGUUAUACCACAAUCAUGGCUGUGGGCAUGGCUUCAGCGGUGACUACAGAGAAUACUUUGGCAUCCACGUCGAUACUGAAGCUUUGAAUUACUUGCAGCUGGCGAACUACAUGCUGCACGAUUUGUACCCCAGCGUCGUGACCAUUGCAGAGGAUGUAAGUGGUAUGCCAGGACUCUGCCGUCCUGUUGACGAGGGUGGUGUUGGAUUUGAUUACAGGCUUGGUAUGGCUAUACCAGACAACUGGAUUAAGCUAUUGAAGGAGCAGAAAGAUGACAGCUGGAAUAUGGGCCAUAUAGUGCAUACCCUUACGAAUAGGAGACACGGUGAAAAGACUAUAGCUUAUGCAGAGAGUCAUGACCAGGCCUUGGUUGGUGAUAAGACACUGGCCUUUUGGCUUAUGGAUAAAGAAAUGUAUACAAACAUGUCCACUAUGACCGAGUUUACGACGAUCAUCGACCGAGGGAUCGCACUGCAUAAGAUGCUAAGACUGAUUACAAUGGCGCUUGGUGGAGAAGGCUACCUCAACUUCAUGGGAAAUGAAUUUGGACACCCGGAAUGGCUAGAUUUCCCAAGGCAGGGAAACGGGGAUAGCUAUCACCACGCAAGGCGGCAGUGGCAUCUGGUGCACGACGAGCUUCUGAGGUAUCGUUUCCUCAAUGAGUUUGACAAAGAUAUGCAACAUCUUGACAACCGCUAUUCGUGGCUCUCGUCUCCACAGGCUUACAUCAGCAGAAAAGAUGAAGGAGACAAGGUGAUUACCUUCGAGAGAGGAGGACUUCUCUGGAUCUUCAAUUUUCAUCCAACCAAAAGCUUCACUGAUUAUCGGGUUGGUACCAAUCAACCUGGAAAGUACAAAAUCGUAUUGAAUUCUGACGAAUCAAAAUACAGCGGUCAUAACAGAAUAGACCCAAAGUGCGAGUUUUUCACCGAAGAUUUUAAACACGACAACAGAGAUUAUUCUUUACGGGUCUAUAUCCCAGCAAGAGUGGCAUUGGUGUUAGCUGUUUUUGACUGAAACACUUAGCUGCUUGGCUCCAUUUUUUGAGUGAAGCACUUAGCCACUCAUAUCGCUUCGCUGAUGAUGCUAGCGCCGACUGAGAUUUCCCACAGAACAACUGUGUUGGGUUAGACACGUGAUGUUGCGUUGGGUUGUUCGCUUGCCAGGCUUUAUGCUUAUAUGUGUUCUGUUUAUGAAUAACUUUACCAUGACACCCCCCUCCUUUUUACAUGUCUGUACUUUAUCGGAUCAACUAUUAUGUUAUAUCCUCCUGUGGCUUAAGCAAUUUUUUAUCCAAGGAAUAUAAUUAAACUAUCCAAUUUUUGUCAUAUUCAUGACCUUGAGAACGCAAGUUGGAAUUUUACUAGAUUUGAUAACCAUCUUUUGGGAUAAUCUGACAAUCUAUGCACAGUAUCUUGACAACGAUCCCCCAGUGUUCUCAAUUCUCAACCGCGUUCCCAAAACUCCUCUUGUUUAUGUCUCUUGAGAAAGUAUGCUACAGUGUAACUAGAAUGUUUAGAAAUCUCCUAGGGCUCUUUGCCGGAAAAUUGCUUCAACGGUUUCUUUUGAUUUUGCCUCUUCAGAACCCUUGCCAAUACUUGGCAUUGCCUCUUGAACACCCUUGCCAAUAUUUGGCAUUGCCCCUUGAGCACCCUUGCCAAGACUUGGCAUUGCCUAUUAAGGACCCUUGCCAAGACUUGGCAUUGCCCCUAGAGUACCCUUAAGUUUUUUUGCCAAGACUAGUAAGCUUUGCCUACGAAUUACAUGAUCUUGCAGUAUAUCGCAUGCUAUUUUGACAUCUGGUUGCAAAUUCAAUCAAUGACAGUAAAGAGUAAUUAAAACUCAUAGAGAACUUAAAUUUCUACUUGGCUCAUUUUCUGUUCCCUAUCGCCACUUGACAUUACACAUGACUGCAAAAGUAAUUAACCAGAACUAGCAAGAGAUCGACCCCCUUGGUUACUUAUUUACAUAUGAAUUUUUCUUCGGAAGAAUUAUAAUUACAUGCAUUGUUAAAAAGUAGAAAUUUAUGAUUAAUUUACUAUUACAUUGAGUGAAGGUAUUCAAAGUGUGUCUUAUGCAACAUAUUUAAAAAGAUUACCCUCGUUUUAACAUCACAACCUCAUCUUCAAAUAAUGGACAGGCCCCUUAAACAUAUUGUUCUCAUUCCUAGGACGGAAAGUUUUAUAUUCAGUGUUUUCAAACGUGAAUUUCGAUGUUACCAUUUUAAAUAUCCAACUCUCGAAGUUAGUACAAAUACAUUUGUCAAUAUAUUGGUUUUUAUCUUUGAUAUUGAAGAUAUUAGAGUCUUAAAAAUAGAUAUAAUGAACAAAUUUGGAAAGGAAGUAUCAAGUAUUUGCCUUUUAAAUCUUUAGCGUAAAAGACACUCGAUUCUUGUCUUUUUUUAUCUUGGCUAUCGUAACAUCUUUAAAGGCCAUUCCGUCUUAUACCUUUGAAUCGCUCAUCUUAACGACUUUCUUAACAACGAUUUCUUGUCUGCGAUUGUUCCAGGUAGAAUUAUAAAAUGUUGCAUCCGAUGUAUUUUUAUAGAAUAUUUCCUACAAUGAAUAAAUUUUUGAAUUGUUUUAAAUUGAUACAGCUGAAGAGAGCUUGAUUUAUUAUGGAGAAUCAUAA